AUGGCAGACACUACGCAACAACCCUCCACUGCGAACAUAGCAGCCGCAUGCGCCAUCCUCGCUGGUGUAACAGGCUACAUGCUGGGACAAGCAAAGUCACUUGGUUUCUUCGGCGGCAGCCCAGUCUCCCAACCGGAAGAAUCUGAGAAAGAGAAGGCAGAAGAUUCGGAAGAUGAGUCAAGCGACGAGGACGACGACAGCACGCCUGCAGAAUUCCCAGGUCACAAUGAGGAGUGCAAAAUGGUACUAGUAGUACGGACCGAUCUCGGCAUGACAAAAGGCAAGAUUGGCGCACAAUGCGGGCACGCGACACUGGCCUGCUACAAGCACUUCCUCCGACACGCACCGGAGUCGACGCUACUAAAGCGCUGGGAACGAAUGGGACAAGCGAAGGUGGCAUUACAAGUCAAGAGCGAGGAAGAACUGGAGUUGUUGCAGGCGCAAGCCCUGAGCCUAGGAUUGGUGGCACACAUCAUCCACGAUGCGGGACGGACACAAAUCGCGAGUGGAAGCGCGACAGUGCUGGGGAUUGGGCCUGCACCCAAAGGCGUCAUAGAUCAGGUUACUGGGCAUCUCAAAUUGCUGUAG